CUCCCCGGGACGGUUCCAGUGUUUCUCCUGCUUUCAGCGCACAAAACAAGCUAACGACCGCCGGCCACAACCGGACUGGAUCCAGACUGUCCGCUCGGUCUCUGUCGGCUUCGGUACAAACCGGAAAUGCGGUUUACGUAAAACUUUCAUGACGACUAGUUUCGCUCUCGGUCCAGGAGGAGAGCUGCUGUUCGGCAGAGCGAGAUUUCGGAUCCGUUUAAAGCGUCACUGCGGGCGGACGCAAACCACAGGACGCUAGCUAACUCACUGGCAUCAUCUUCAUCCGUGUUUUCAUCGGCUAACCCGCGGAGGUCUUCAUCAGCAGCCAUGGCAGGAGGACGGACAGCCGCUCUGCUCGUCCUGGUGCUCGUCCACCGCUGCGGCUCCUUCAACCUGGAUGUGGACAAACCCUCCGUGUUCUCCGGACCGGAGGGAAGCUACUUCGGCUUCUCGGUGGACUUCUUCAAGACCUCCAACAACCAGAAGUCAGAUGUUCUGAUUGGGGCUCCUCGGGCCAACACCUCGUCCUCCGGUGACGUUGUGGAGAGGGGAGCGGUGUACAGCUGCCCCUGGAGGAGCUCUUCAGCCUGCCAGCAGCUGCAGUUCGACAGCUCAGGCGACAGGACGAAUGCUGACGGGGCUCAGAUGGAGUUUAAAUCCAAACAGUGGUUUGGUGCUUCAGUACGAUCUGAUGGAGAACACAUCCUGGCCUGCGCUCCCCUCUACCAGUGGUCGACCUUCGGCGUCUCUGAGCGAGAGCCAGUGGGGACGUGUUACCUGAAGAAAGGGGGCACGGUGGUCGAGUACUCCCCCUGCAGAUCGAGUGCUAACUCACCAGAGGGCCAGGGCUUCUGCCAGGCCGGCUUCAGUGCCGACUUCCUGAAGAAGAACAACAAAGUGGUGGUGGGAGGACCCGGCAGCUUCUACUGGCAGGGCCAGCUGAUUUCUGAUGACGUCUCAGAGAUUUUUGCCCGGAUUGACAAAAAUUACGUCACACCGUAUGGAAACACCCUCGCCACCAAGUCGGCCAGCGCUCAGUAUGAUGACAGUUACCUCGGAUACUCCGUGACCGUCGGAGACUUCAACGACGACGGGAAAGAAGAUUACGUGACAGGAGUCCCUCGAGGGGAGAAGGCACUGGGUUAUGUGAACAUCUUCAACGGCCUCAACAUGGAGUCCAUGGUGAACUUCACGGGAACGCAGAUGGCGGCCUACUUUGGACACUCGGUCGCUGCCUCUGAUGUUAAUAACGACGGGCUGGUUGAUCUGUUGGUUGGAGCUCCUCUCUUCAUGGACAGAGGGUCAGAUGGGAAACUGAGGGAGGUGGGACAGGUGUCUGUGUACCUGGGUCGUGGUGGAUUUUCCUUUCACCCGUCUCAGAUGCUCACAGGAUCAGAGGUUUACGCCAGAUACGGUUCUGCCAUCGCAGCGCUGGGAGACCUGGACAUGGACGGUUACAACGAUGUGGCCAUCUCUGCUCCUUACGGAGGCCCCGACCAAAACGGCUUGGUCUACAUCCAUAACGGCCGGCCUCAGGGGCCGGAUUCAACACCUUCCCAGGUGCUGCAGGGCAAAUGGGCGUCCAGCUACAUGCCCGCUAGCUUCGGCUACGCCAUGACUGGAAAUACUGACAUAGACCAGAAUGGAUAUCCAGAUUUAAUAGUGGGAGUGUUUGGAGCAGACAAAGCUGUUUUAUACAGAGCUCGUCCAGUCAUCAGUGUGAACGCCACCUUAGACCUCACACCUCAGAUCAUCAACCCAGAGGAAAAGACCUGCACGCUGCCUGGAACCAGCACUCUGGUGUCCUGUUUUAAGGUGAAGUACUGUCUGAAGGCCAGCGGCCGCGGAGCUCCAGCCGCCCUCAGUUUCCGUGUGGACCUCAUGUUGGACCGUCUGAAGCAGAAGGAGGCGACUAAACGCGUCCUCUUCCUGCACGGUCGGACCUUUCAGUACUCCAAGAACAUGAUGGUGUCCAACGGCAAAGUCCCGGCCUGCGAGGAGCAGCACGUCUUCCUGAGGGACGAUCGUGAGUUUCGGGAUAAGAUCACGCCCAUCUCCGUGGCGAUGGAGUACAGUCUGGACUACCAGCUGGCUGCAGACCAAACUGGACUGCUGCCCAUCGUCGACGUGUCGGCCCCGUCCAACGUCACCAAGCAGGCUCACAUCCUGUUGGACUGUGGUGACGACAACAUCUGUAAACCCGACCUGAGGUUGUCGGUGAAGAGCGACCGUCAGCAGAUCUACAUCGGCGACGAUAACGCUCUGACUCUGGAGAUCAGCGCCGAGAAUCAGGGAGAAGGAGCCUACGAGGCCGAGCUCCACGUCUACCCCCCACAGCAGGCCGACUUCACCGGGGUCGUCCGCAGUCAGACUCUCAGCAGGUUGUCCUGCGCCUACAAGAAAGAGAACCAGACCAAGAUGGUGGUGUGCGACCUGGGAAACCCCAUGAAGGGAGGAACUAAGGUGCUGGCAGAGUUGCGGUUCAGCGUGCACCAGCUGUCGGAGGAGGACACCUCAGUGAAGUUUGACCUGCAGAUCGUCAGCUCGAACCAGUUCAACAACACCAGUCCUCGAGUCUCCAGCGUCACCAAGCUGGCCGUCCUCGCUAAAGUCUCCAUCAGAGGGACGUCGUCUCCUGGCCAGGUACUGCUUCCAAUCGCCAACUGGAAACCGAAAGAACCUCCUGUUGUCGGAGACGACAUCGGACCACAGAUAGUUCAUGUCUACGAGCUCCUGAACAACGGGCCCAGUACCUUCAGUAAGGCGGCGCUGGAGGUCGAAUGGCCGUACCAGUUUAAGAACGGCUCGCUGCUCUACAUCACCAGCUACGAGACCGAGGGACCCAUCAACUGCACCACCGACAUGGAGAUCAACCCACUCAAUGUCUCCAACCCGUUGUCCUCAGCGAAGAACACCAGCGGGGUUCCACCCAGAGAGCGAGAGACGGAGGGACGAAACCGAAACCACGUCCGCAAGAGAGACCUGGAAUCAAGAGACACACAGAGUGACCUGCAGACACUGGACUGCACCACAGCAGAGUGUCUGCGGCUGAGAUGUCAGGUCGGUCGUCUGGAGAGGAGGAAGAACGCCAUCCUCUUCAUCUACUCCCGACUGGCUGUCAACAACUUCCUCAGGACUGAGAAUCAGAAUCGAUCGUAUGUGGUUCGAUCUACAGCCUCCUUCAGUGUCAUCGAGAUGCCGUACAAGAACCUGGUGUCGGAGCUGCCGUCCAAUAGUACAACUGUGAGUGUGUCGGUGGUGUGGGUGGCGGAGCCUCCUCGGCCGGUCCCAGGUUGGGUGGUGGCUCUGGCUGUGCUGGCGGGUCUGCUGCUGCUGGCGCUGCUCAUCUUCAUCAUGUACAAGUUGGGUUUCUUUAAGCGGGUCCGGCCCCCACAGGAGGACUGCACUGAGAAGGAGCAGCUGCAGCCGGAGGAGAACGGCAACACUGAUGCCUAGAGGCCAAACUGCAAGGAGCGCCCCCUUCUGUUUGGACUGAAAAAUUCAGGGUAAAAUGGCCGUUGAGAGAAUUUCACUGUAUUCACUGAUGAGUGGCUGAUAAUGGUACUGCUUUAUGAGUUUUUACUGGUCAUGUUGUGUUUGUGCCAAAAGAGAAGCUCCCGCUGGGCAGCACUGGUCCCAGAUGAAACCCUCGAAGCUCAGCAAUGAACGCCCGACAGUUAAAGGAGCAGUUCAACAUUUAUUCACUGAUUUAAUGUUCAGAUUGACUCCACUUUCAUUACUGUACAGUAAAUAUGAAGCUACAGCCAGCAGCCAGUUAGCUUAGCAUAAAAAAAGCUAGCCUGGCUUUGUCUGAAGCUAGCCAGACCCACCUACCAGCACCUCUAAGGCUCUCAGAUUAACACUUUAAAUCUCAUUUGUUUAAUCAGUAAAAAAAACAUAUUAAAAAAUGACAGUUCAGUGUUUUACAGGUGGUUUUGUGCUGGACUCUUCUUCAGUUCUCGAGGUGACGAGUUCAGCACACAACGUCUUUACACUUUUCGUGUAGCGUUUCAUGAGCUAAUAAAUGACAUUAGAAUUAAUAUAAAUUAGAGUUAAAUGUUGAACUAGUCCUUUAAGGUAAUGACCAUGAAUGCUUCACGGGUCAGAACUUUGACAGUCUGUUUGUUCCAACAUGCUACUGAGGCAAUGGUGUAAUUGUUCUGGAGAUACGAGGUUUCCGUCUGCACCAGAGACUGCGGAGUUUGGCCUUUUAUUUAAUUUGCACAUUUUUAGUUGGAUCCUAAAAUGAUUGAUGAACUGUUGGUGCUUGUUGCCCAGAAAGUCCAGAACUGCUGAUGAAUUCUGGUGAUUUUUGAACCGGCCCUGAUCAACAGCACAGUUUUCUAAAAGAAUUCGUACAGAACAGUGAACUACAGCGCAUGUAGUUUGACCUCUCUAGCUUGUAAAGGACCGUGGUGGUUUGGCUUCAGGUCCACCUCUGAGGCGGUCUGAGCUCAGACUAAUGUGACAGUAUCUCCUUUAGCUUCCAAAAAGUGCUCGCUAUUCUCACCGGGGUCCAAGUAACUAAUAAUAACAAUCAGAACGGCAAUUUAAAAAUCUCACAGUAUCAACUAAACAAGAAAAGAAUCAUUUUUUAAAGUGUGUAGUUAGAAAAUAUACAAUAAACAGUGCUAGCUUAGCUGAGUAGCAAUAAGGAUAAAACAUACAAAUGAGGUGAUGAAGCAGAGGAUUGUGGGUAGGUGACGUCCUCCAACAGAGCACCAGCAGUAAUCAGAGUCUUUAUCCUUUUGAUACGACGGCAAUAAUAAUGCAGCAAUAUGAAAUCUGUCAGCAGUGGGGGGGGUUAGAUGUGGCUGAUUAGCUGCGAUCAGGUCUUCAUGUUUGGAUUGAAGUGGUUUAGUCUGUGAUGAAAUGGGAUGAUGAGGAGUGUUACAGUAAUAUAUUUACCCUGAUAUAUUCUUUUUUCUUCUUCCUGCUUUGUGUGUGUGGGGAAGCUGGUUUGAAAUGGUCAUUGAUGAGUCAGUACCGCUCUGCUUUGGGAUGCUGGUGGGUGUUUUCACUGUUUUUUUUUUAUUUUCUACCAAACGAUGAUGAUAAGAACAAAAGAGUGUCCAGUUCAUUUCAACUCAAGAAAGACAUUUUAAAGUUUACUUUGUUGCUCAGAACAAGGAGUUUGGUUGCAAAAUCAAUGCAAGUGACGAGUUUCUCAAUCGCCUUGUGAAACUGACCGUGAGCUAAACCCCUCCCCUUAAUAGCAAUACCCAAUCAUAGCUACGCAAACAGUGUUUGCAUUUGUUAGCAUACUGAAGCUAACAUGGAAAAAGUAUGUGUAUGUGAUUAAAUAAAUACUAUGUUUAUCUGCUCUAACAUGAGAUGCAAUCAUUAGCAUAGCAUGUCUGGCUAGCACAUUACUGAGUUAGCAUAAUACAGUAUUAGCUAAUAGGUUUAGAAAAAGCCCUGUUAACAACUAGCACAUGUACUGUGUGGUACUUCCUCACUGUGUGGAAGUCGGUCCUGGAUGCUGUCAGAGUUUAAGCUAACGUUUACACUCUGGCAACUCUGGCUAACGUUACCCGGUACGGAGUUUGCCGAACACAUCAGUUUGUCUGCAUCCUGAAAGACUUUUCUCUUGUAAAUGAGUAAGAAAAGUGUAUUUACAUCACACCUUCAUGGAUGAGACGUCACAAAGCGCUUCACAACAAACAAACAAAAGAAAGACAAAAGACACAAAAAACAGAUUAAAAGAUUAAAUCCAAGAAGAGAUUGUUCCAACUGAAAACAGCUUUAGCUUCAGUCUGUUAGCAUGAUAUCAGAUGGAAACUGUUAGCUUUAGCUUCAGUCUGUUAGCAUGAUAUCAGAUGGAACCUGUUAGCUUUAGCUUCAGUCUGUUAGCAUGAUAUCAGAUGGAACCUGUUAGCUUUAGCUUCAGUCUGUUAGCAUGAUAUCAGAUGGAACCUGUUAGCUUUAGCUUCAGUCUGUUAGCGUGAUGUUAUGUAGAUGUAUAUUUAAGACCAAUUUUACAACAUUCUCGGCUUAAAAUAACUCCAUUACAAACAUUAAACAACCAGACUGAGACUGUUUUCAAACAAACUCAUUGAGCUAACGUUAGCUUAAUUAGCUAUCUAGCUAGAGCUAACAAAAUGUGGCCAGAAAUGAGAAUGUGCUUUUGUCUACUUCUGUCAGAAAUCAAAGAUCCAUUAUUUUAUCUGUUACGUGAUCACUACAAACUGCGGUCUUUGUUAGAGCAGAGUGACUGACAUGGCUAGCAACAGUAACUAAGGAGGGCGGGGCUUACUGAGCGGUCAGUUAAAAGUAGAACUUUCCCUCCUGCACUGACGCUUCUUUGCUCGUCCACUUGGUCGGAUUUUUUGAAUGGACUUGUUUUUCCUCAGAUUUCAGAGUCGUGACCGGCAGCUUUGCUGAGAACAGAAACACGAUGUAGCCUGACAGCAGGUCCUACAUUAUGUUUAUAUGAGAGUGUGUGUGUGAGUGAGAAUAUAUAUAAAAAACAACAAAAAAAACAUUGCUACCGUGUGAAUUCACCCAUAUUGGGUUUGCAUCAUGAAUUAAUGUUUAAGGUUGAUGAUCAUUUUAAAAAUAUAUUAAUCCAAUUAACAAUCAUGAUGAAAUAACUCCGCAGGAACACUUUAGCUAGCUCGUAAACAUAGUUUUUCUUUCUUUUUUCACUGGAGUCUUAUUGGCUGCUUUCAGUUUGUCAUAACUCUGAAUAUCCAGCGCUGCCACUAGAGGUCACUACUGCCCUCAUCAAGUUGUUGACGAGCUCAUGGUCUCCACAGUCAAACAUGAACUCUGAUGUUGAGUUUUUAAUGGAGGAAAUUGGCCUUUGAAGCUGCAGCUGAUUAUCUCUGCAGCUCAGUGUGAUCAUGGAAGAGUUUAGGAAUACUUCUGAGAAAUAAAACUUUAUCGCUCUCCUGCUGAGACUUAGAUCUUCAGAUUCAUACCUCAUGUCUGUAAACUAAAUUUGAAGCCAGCAGCCGGUUAGCUUAGCUUAGCAUACUGAUAACACUGCUAUCAGGGGUAAACAGGUAGCCUGGCUAAUAUCUCGUGUGCUAAGGGUGUCAAAAACAGCACGUUGUGGUGUGCCGGCCUCGUGUCGGAUUAUUUGCUCGAGUCUUGCCAGUCAGCCAGCAGUGACUCCAGUUUGUCUUUAUGCUAAGCUAACCAUGUGCUGGCUUUAGCUUCAUAUUAAGAGUAUCGGGCUUCUCAUCUAAGUCUCAGAAGCAAAUAAGAGCAUUUCCCAGACUGAAGUAUUUCUUUAGAACAUCAAAUAUUCGUGAAUAAAUAAACCUGAACACUCUGAAAAACUCUCUGUCGCUGUGAUUUGACAGAUUUGUUCCGUCUUUUUGAUUUGAUUGAUGCUAAAUUCUUAUUGGUACACUGAAAUUCGUGACAUCAGCUUUACCCUCCUGAGUCCCGGCCACUUCACAGCCGUGAGAAGAGCUCCGUUAAAGCAGAGACAUACCUGAGGUCAGGUGGUCCUGACCUGACGAGGGCGACGUUCACACUGUUUCUGAGGGUUCACACUCCACUGAUUUAAAGCUUUUUACUCGCUGUUCAGCCGGACUGACGUCAGUUCACCUUCAACUCAGCAAAAAGAUAUUCACAGAAGCUGCAUUUAUUGAAAUAUUGAACAGAGAAACAGCUGAAUUUCUACAAAAAGUUUGGAAACGUCGACACUAUAAAAAGUGAAAACAAUCAAACGUGAACAGAGUGAUUUGAAGUCAGCCCUGCAUCUGUCCGUCUGUCUGUUUGAGGGGUUUUUACUGUGUUUUAUAUUUAAUACCACUGUCUGUCUGUCUGUCUUUCUGCCAUGAGAAAAUAUGGACUAUUUUUGAUGUAUGUAUUCUUUCACCUAGAGAAUAAAAAUUAACUAUUUCAUAAGGAGAUGAUUUCACCUUUGAGCUGAAAUAAACUGACUUGUUCACA